AUGAUUGUGUUUUUUGCACUUCUUUGUUUCGUUCAUGCGGCAUCUGAUGAUAAUGAAAAUUCGUUCGAUGCUAUUAAUGAAAGAAUUAAAAAUGAUUCAUACAAAAUUGAUGGAUCACUUCAUAGUGGGAUUUUAGUAUUGUUUUACAGUGAUUCAGGUAAUGAAACUCAACCAUUUGCUGGAAGGUCUUUUGUAAUUCCAACUGAUGUAAUGACGAAAUUAAAAAUCAAUAAUUUCUAUGAUUUAAUAGGGAACAAGACAAACAGUGACAUUUAUUGUAGAGUGCUUGUAAAUUAUAGAUAUUCUGAACCACAGCUUGUAUAUUCAGCAGGUCAAAUACCAAAAUUAAUUUCAAUACAAGUGAAUCUUGAUGAUGAUUCACAUAUUGAAUCAGUUGAUUGGGAUACAGAUUGUAAUGAUUGUGCUAGUAGUGAUUGUUUAGCAGCUUUUUGUGCAUUUAAAAUUACUGAGUAUGAUGGAACGACUUGUGCAGAAGCAAGAAAAAGUAACAAAGAAGCAUGUGGGUUAAUUCUUUUUGUUGGAUGGAAAGGACAAGCUAAAGCACGGUAUUUAAAGUCAUAUUUAAAUUUACCAUCACAUUUCUCUAAAUAUUCAUUAAAAGGACAAUUUUUAGAUUCAGCUGCGGAAUUUGAACAGAAUUGGUUAAGUUUCUAA